AUGAUGGCCACGCGUAAAUGCGCACAUAGCCUAUCCUCUGCGGUAGAAAUACCUUAAAGGAAUAUUUCAAAAAAUGUCAUAUUCAUCAUCUACAGUACUACCCCACCAUCAAUGUAUGUGAAAACGGUGCAUUACCAUGUUUUUUUGUAAAAAAGACAGAGGAAGAUAGAUGAAACGCUUUUGACAUUCCUGUACUGACUUUACUAAGCUUUGCCAACUCAUAGUUGGUUAAAAUCACAUGAGAUCGGCUACACCAGAUGAUGUAAAAGUGGUCAAAACUAUUUCUUGUGAGCUUAAAUGAUGACAUACAGAAAACUUUUAUUUGUAUCUGGUGUUCAUCUUUUUGACUAUAAAACAUAGAAAUCCGCCAUAUUCACAUAUGCUGAAGAUUAUGAAUAUGAAGUUGACAAAUUUGGAAAUGUCAGCAGAACUAUUAUUAUUUAGUGCUAACAACAAACUCAAAUCAAACAAAGCCAAAUAAAUGUAAAUGGAGGAUGUAGGCUAGCCUUACAGGGCAAACCCAAGCCUUCAUCUUGGUUAAUUGGCCAUUCAUAAGCAAGUAGCACUAAAUAGUAGCACUAAAUAGCAGUACAUGUUUUGAGGUUGCAGUAACAAGAAUCCUACACAAGCACAAUGGAGUGAAUCUUUAUUGGACUGUGACACAUGCAUCAUCAGCAACUGUUCACUAAUGAGAUUUGGCACACACACACACAUUAUCUUUUCGCUUGACCGGCAGGCUAACUAACCAUGAUGAGGCCUUUUUAGAUAAACAAAAAACUAUUUGUUCUCUGAUGGUUUGCUCCAUCUGCCUUGCACGUUAAACAAAUAGAACACAGAGACUCAUGCAUGUGUUUCAUCAUGUGAAAAAAUACUAUUUACUGUAUAAUAAUUGUAGAACAUGUUCUGGAACAUUCCCACACCUCUCCAUAUUGUCUCUCUCCUUGUAGUUUUUCCGAACUUGGUGGACGUCAUCCCAGCCAGUCUUCACGUCACUGUGAUCUUCUUCUGCGGCGUGAUCAUCAUCUUCUCCUCUGUGGCUACAGGCUUCUUUAUGUACAACGCCUUUGGUAGUCCCUAUGAGACUCUGCACGGAACCCUGGGACUCUACCUCUGGAACUUCGUCUGCUGUAAGCACAAAAAAAUCAUAGUGUCAUAAAAAAAUAACAAUUUAACCUUUUCUUUAUAGAGUGCUGUCCUUCAAAGGGUAGCCGAAUCGCCUUCUAAGUUGUGAACCAGCAGCCUACUAUAUGAACAUUGGCUAAGCCCAAGACCCCAUACUCUGCAACAUAAGCCCAAAAUCUAACACACCGCUCACAUCACAGGUAGACGUAGGCAAACAGCUCUCUUACACACAUGCAUUCCAUCUUCAGAUAUAAAUAGCUCGCAGUAGGCUACACAGGAGCCACGUUUAUUGGUUCUAACAUGCGUCAUUUGUCCUGAUUUUUAGACAGGUGUAGAUUAAGACUCAUUGUGAUUUGAUUGGGAUCAGAUCUUCCUGACCACCUCUGAAGGUAGUCAGCCACACAUUGUGUCUGGAUAUCUUACAAGUGUAGACGAAUCUAGUGAAACAAUUUAAAUCAUCAUUAUCCUGCCCUCUAAAAUCAUAUUUUGAAAGAAAAGCUGACAAAUAAUUUGCAUACAGCAAGGGACCAGGAAUUCUGGUCACAGUGUGGAGAUGCAUUUCUGAAAAUGUAGGCCCAAUCAGAAUGUGGACAAGAUCAGGACGCAUGUUAGCCCCAGGUAUUAAUGGGGCAAUAGGUUCUCAACCAGGGACACUAGUACCCCUGGGGGUACUUAGCCUAUACACGGGGUACUUGAGAAGACUCAUGAGACCAUACGCUUACUGGUAAAAUGCACAUGAAAGGGGUACUUCAGGGGUACUCUGGACAGAGCAAAAUGUACUUGGUGGUACAGUAACCAAAAAAGGAUGAGAACCACUGCUAUAGAGAACAUGAUUGGGGUCCAACAAAGUUGUCCUUCAACACUUCAACAUGAGUUAUAAGUGCAUAUCAGAGUCGUUCAAACACAACAGCCAAGCCAUGAGUGGUCGGCUGUACGUCAUUGAGAAAAGGGUCCACUUCCCUAUUGCCUUUUUCAGCUUUAAAACCAGUAUCCGGUAGCCUACCAUUUCAUCAGGAGACAGUGGGCUACUUGACCUCCCAUCCAAAUCAUGGCACCAAUUAAGAAACACAGCACCAGUGUUUAAAGGAGAUAUUUCUCAGUUAUCUGGAACCGAGACCCUACCUUAGGGGGGCCCUAUUCAAUCAAAACCGCUUGCCAGGUUUCAGGGGCGAAACUAAACAAAACAUUUUUUACACUAGAAUGCAAGUUUGGAUUCAUCUGAUCAAUUAACCUAUAUUUACGACUAUGUGAAACAUGUCACUAUGAUAAUUAAAAUCUCUCGCAGCAGUGAAUGACCUAUGCUUAAUUGUUUUGGUAACCUUUUUGUGAUUGCAACUACUGUAGCGUUCACAUAUUUCCUUUUAAUGUGGUGAGGGAGGGAAAAGGUAUUCUGCCUUAUAGGAACGUGUUUACAGUAACUGAUCAUUUGGAUGCCUUUGACUUCUUAUUUUAACUCCCAGUGUUGUCAACUGUAAUAGUAUAAUAUUGUGUGCGUGCAUGUCUGUCUGUCUGUGUCUGACCAUCUGAACAGGCUUCUGCAGCUGCCUGGUGAUGAUUGUGUUUGCCUCCGAGGUGAAGCUCCACCGGCUGUCUGACCGCAUCGCCAACUUCAACGAGGGCACGUUUAUGUACAAGACGCACACAGAGCAAUUCGACCACUCCUUCUGGCUCAUCUUCCUCACCUUCCUCAUCCAUGGCCUUAACAUCCUGCUGAUCCGUGUGGCCGGCAUCCAGUUCCCCUUCCAGAAGGCCAAAGAGUCGGACGUGAACACCGGGGCAUCAGAUCUCAUGUACUGA